GGUGUUGUGUGACCGUCUUUUGCGUGAAGUUGAGCUGACCUCUGUGGUCCAUGCGCUGCUAAUGGAUUUUACGUGGACAUGCAGGUGUUGACGUAGUUUUCAUCCAGAGUCUAACAACUGUCAAAUAUCUUGCUUCUCUAUUCGUGUAAUGAAGCUCCCAGAUUGACGGAUCAGAUAAGAUCCCACUAGAGUUGUCAGAUUAGCCAAUUGGUCCCCGCCUUUGAUCGGUUGGGAGACUGGCGUUUCAUUUCCGUUACCGAUUCCUCACAGGCCCUGGGCGUCUGAAGGCAGUCCGAUCUGUCAUUUUCGGUCGGCUUAGAUUAAUAUCUCCGACAGCGUCCCCUCCCGGAUCAAAGCUUGUUCUCAUUCCGGUGUCAGUGAGCUGAUUUACCCAUGUAGCUGAUGAAAGCUGCUAGCCGAUUUUUGUAACAUUUACACGGUCGCGCUUGUAGGCCAACCCAAAGUAUCUCGUCCACGUCUCACGGAAAUCUUGAUUCCACGUAUUUAUAUGCGAAGCUAUGUCCUUCCAUGCUGGACAUGAUCAAUUAUAAUGAAAUAUUGCCAAUAACCUUUUCCCUGUAUUUUCUCCUUGCCGUCUUCAUCGCAUCCCUGUGCUCCCGCAUGCGGCAAGUCCCUCCGUGCUGGAUAUCAACUCCCCGGUGCUGCCGAUCUCACACCUUGUUUCUCUGUGCAACAAACUCCUCCGUGUUCGAUAUAACUAUCUACCGAUGUUGCUGAUCUUACCCCUCUCUGUCUAUCUCUGUCUGUCUCUGUCUAUUUGCCGCAGGUCCCUCCGUUCUGGAGAUCAUCAACUCCCUGCUGAGCCACCUGCGUCAGUCCGUGACUGCUGACCGGGGCGCCGGCACGCACAAGGACCAGAGCGACGAGCGGCAGUACCAGGAGGCGCUGAUCGACGCGCUCGGAGAGUUCGCCAAUAAUCUGCCCGACUAUCAGAAGAUCGAGAUUAUGAUGUUCAUCAUGGGCAAGGUGCCGCAGUACCCGGGAGACCGGGAGCGUCAGGAGGCCGACUCGGAGGGCGAGGUGCUGCUACAGAACAUGCUGCUCAGGAGUCUGCUCAAGGUGAGCACCAAAUACACAUCGUUGAACCUGGCCACGACGUUCCCGCUAUCGUUCCUGGACCCGCUAAUGAGGAUGUCUCUGGCCCCCGAUCCGGAGAUUCGGCUCAUUGUUCAGCAGAUUCUGCACACGCUCAUCGAUAGGCGAGGCAACCUGGCCAAACUGGAUAAACCCAGACUGGACGUCACUCAGUUGGACCUCCAGCUACACAAGUGUUCCCGACAGGACGUCAUGUUCAUUAAACGGAACGGCCCCGAGAUGCUGCUCUGUCUGCUGGAGAGUCUGGAGCUCGCCAAUAACGGUCUGGAGAACCUGGAGGCUGUGUACCGCACGCUGGCGCUUCUCUGGCUGGAGGUGAACGGACCCGACUUCCUGCCUGACGUGCUGCGACUGACCCUAGAUAUGCAGGAGAUCGCCCUGAACUCUGAGAUGAGCCAAACACUGCGGAUAAACCUGCACAUUCUGGCCAUUACCUUCGCCAACUUCGUGUCCUGCCACUCCAACGUACCGGGACUGUUCCAGUACGUCAAGCAGGUGGUGUCUGCCCGCCAGCUGGCCUCCUCCCACCUCCUCCCGGACCUGAAGAGUCAUUACGACCCGCACCUGGGCCGCGAGCCUCCGGCCGCGCCGCUGCUCCUGGACCAGGCGCGGCUGACCGAGGUGCUGACCACCCACGGACUGGACGCCAGCCGACUGCAGACGCCCUUCAGCAACAUGAUGCCCAGUUCGGCGUCUGUGUGGCAGAAGCGUCAGAGCAUCCUGCAGAACAGCGACCGGGACCUGAACAACAUCACAGUCGAGGUGGACAGCAUGUCCUCCUCCAUAGGACUCUUCAAGCCGAAGCCGCCGCCGGAGUCGGUGAGUUUCGAGGCGAUGCGUCGCCUGGUGAGAGCACCGCCGGAGGAGAGGAGGGCAGAGCAGGAGGAGGAGCGUCAGAAACUGACAGAGGCGUGCCGCACACUCAGUCUGCACGCGCUCAGCCAGCAGAGCGGCGCAGGGGCUGACACGCUGCGUGAGAAGCUGGACGAGAUAUUCGCCCGCCUGAGUGACGCUCCGGACGGCGAGGCGGCCGGCGCGCUGAGCGACGACCCGGGUCAGCCUCCCGUAUACCGGGCACCCACACUACAGGAGAUGCACUUCCCCGAGCUCUUUGUCUACUGAACGGUGACGUAGGCAAAGCGGUCCCUCCCCAGCUUCUUCUAGCUCUCUGGAAUCUGUGCGGGAGAGUGGUAGCUCGUCUCGGCUUGCUUCCCUGCUCGCUGGGCUGCUGUAGGCUAGUCUCUGUGAGCAGUGUCAGGUGUGGUGGGGCAGCUUCCAAAGGAUGACAGCGAAUGAGCUGACCGGUUUAGCGACUCAUCCUCUUCAGGACGGAGAACGGGGCAUACUGAGCCGUCGUUGGGUACGACGGUAACUAGAGUGACCUUUUUGGAUGCAUCUAACAACGCGUCAUUGAAUUCCGAACAUUUAUGGAUGUGUUUAAAAGAAAUGCACCCCAAAGCCGUCAGAGCGACAGGAAAAGGCAUGUGAUGUGGAGUUUCAGGGCACCUGAAAAAAAGAUUCUAUUGUAGUAGACGUGUUAUAAGAUGAGCUGAGCGAAAUAAGAAUCAGCUGGUGGUCGUUUGGUCAUAUCAGGAUUGGCAAAUGGUCCAUGCGCUGUUGAUUGUCGGUUGUCCGCUUAUAUUUUGUCUGUGUCAUUCGAGGAUAUUCUACGAUGUCACCCGAAUCCCUUACUGUGGUUUAUUGCUUGGCUAGUUUGACGUGGUUGUUUUAUCAGUAGCCUACGGUUUAUGUGAUGUCCUUGCUCUAUUCGGAUCUUAGUGUCGCUAACGUAAAUUGUGAACAAGUCAUAUUGCUGUGAGCUCAAUAUUCCUACAGAAUAGCCAAUCCAUCUCUUGAACUGUUGUACCAUGGAAUGCCAUAUGUGUUAAAUUGUUGAUUUUGAAAGGACUUAUGAGUUAUGGCGAUGAAUAAAAUGUGAAAUCGCCAA